AUGGGAUCAAAUAAGGGUGCCUAUAUUGCGCUUAGUGUAAACAAGGAAGAAAUAGAAGAAGCUAAUGAAAAGCCUACAACUGUUAGCGGAAAUUUAAAGAUUAUGUGGGAGGAAGCAACAUCUUCAUCAGCUGAUGAAGAAGAGGAAGAAGAGUUCUAUUUCCCCGAAUUCAAAGCUACACUUCCAACUAAUGCUGGUAUUUACACCGAGAAGAAUGUUCAUCAAAAUUUCCCUAGUUCACCAAAAUCAUAUGCACCAUCUUUGGCAUGGUGGGUAAUUCUGUUAAUUGUCCUUUUCGCUCUCAUUAUCGUUACUAUUAUUAGCCUCGUUCUUUUCUAUUUCGUUUUCAAUAAAGCAAGUAAUGCUUCAGAGCAGGUCUAA